AUGACUUCAGUAGCUUCAUCCGCGGUGAACAAGAAUGCCAAUGCCAGUGAGGCAAAGAGACACAACAGCUCCACUGCCACAACCGAGAAUGCGGCUUUUGGCGCCGGCGCGGGAUUGAACAUAAAACAGGCUAAAAUCAAAGAAAAUAAGACAUACGAAGAUUACCAACGUGUUUACAAUGAGAUUGCCACCAAGAUUUCUGAACAUUUGGACUAUGAUGAAGGUGAUGGAUAUUUUGCACAAUUGGUGAGAAAUGCUUGGCACGCUUCAGCAACGUAUGCUGCCGCUGAUAACUCCGGUGGAUCAUUCUAUGGAACUAUGAUCUUCGAACCGGAGGAAUUUGAUUUCCAGAAUAAAGGUACCGCAAUUGCCAGAAGUUUCUUGUCAUCAAUUCACGUCCAAAACCCAUGGAUUUCAAGAGGUGAUUUGUGGACUUUAGCUGGAGUUGCCGGUGUCCAAGAAUGUAAUGGUCCAAAGAUCAAGUGGAGACCGGGAAGACUUGAUGAUAAUACUGGUACAAAAGCAGCGCCAGCAGGUAGAAUACCCGAUGGUGAGGGAGAUGCAAGAUACGUGAGAGACUUUUUUUCCAGGAUGGGUUUCAACGACAGGGAAACUGUGGCUUUGAUUGGUGCACAUGUGUUGGGAAGAUGCCAUAGACAUGUUUCUGGUUACGAUGGUCCAUGGGGAGAUGAUUCAAACAAUUUCACCAAUGACUUUUUCGAAAGAUUGAUGGGUAAUUGGCAUACUAAAAAUUGGGAUGGUAGAAAACAAUAUGAAGAUGAUGAAACCAACUUGUAUAUGAUGUUGCCAACAGAUAUGGCCUUGAAAGAGGACAGCAACUUUUUUAAAUAUGUCAAGGAAUACUCAAAGGAUGUGGAUUUGUGGUUCAAGGAUUUUGCUGCUGCUUAUUCAAAGUUGUUGGAAAAGGGAAUUGAGUUCCCAGAGGACAACAAACCAUUGGAGUUCAAGACAUUACAUGAGCAAACAGUCUCAAACUAG